AUGUCACAGAAGACCAUUCAGCAGUUGGAUGAAGACAGCAAGGCAACAGGCGUCGUGUACAACCACUCAAAUGCAAAACUCUUCACCAGGAAGAGCAAAGUGAGGAAGCGAAGAAAAGAAGGAUUCCUGUCGGCGUUUCCAUGCAGAAAGAACGAACCUUCACCAUCUUUAACCACAAUGAAGCCCAAACGUAAACCUGUAUCAAAAAGCAUCACAUCCAACACAAAACAGAAGCUGCAGGUCUGUGUCCGGACUCACCUCCCCCAGGGACCUAAGACACUCUGUUUCCACCUAAAUCUGGAGACAACCAUCUCAUCCUUAAAAAGGUUGAUAUACAGAAAAAUCGGUGUCCAGCCUCAACGUCAACGCUUGAACAUCCGACGAAACGUUCAGCUGUGUGAGUUGCUUACACUUCGGGAAAAUGGUGUUGGGGAUGAUGAAAUCUCACUGUCAGUUGAUGAACUCACUGAAGAUGGACCAAAAGCAUUUUCUUAUUUCAACAGAAACUUGUCAAUUCCCAGACGAAGUGAAAAGGCCCCAGCCAGGGCAACAAGACGAAACCAAAGCAGAGAACUAAACAAGCAAAAAGGAGAAACAAUAUCCGAGGUGCAGACUCAGAUCGACGAACCAGCUCGUGGCAGCGAGGGACCUCGGGUUCCUCGUUACAGACAUGUCAAACAGAAGUUGCAGAUCUUCAUCCUGAAUCCCCUCCUUCGUGGACCAAGGACACUUUGUUUCCAUUUGGAACCGGAAACACCCAUCUCAUUCUUGAAGGAGUCCAUACACAGGAAGAUUGGUGUCCAUCCCAAACAUCAACGUCUGCUUAUUCGUAGGAAUGCCCGUAGCUUUCAGCUCCUUGACUUACUUACACUGAACGACUGCGGAGUUCAGCAGGACGAGAAUAUUUCAGUCUGUCUGCCAACUGAUGGCCUACUAGGAGGAGGACAGAAAGCCUAUCCGUCUCCCACGAUCGAACCAGCAACUGUUGCCAUUUUGUUCUGGUCAGUCUCACUGGCUGCGAUAGUAGUAUGGAUACUUUGGAGAAAACAAAGGAAAACGUCUACCCGUGAACUAAAUGACAAGGUUCCCCUAUCUACCACAACCGGAGAAGAUGAUGAAAAGGGCACAGGUAACGAGACAGAAAUGCAGCAAAACGAUUCUGAAGAAGACCCCUCAGUAUCGACGGUUUCCGAUGGCGAUCCAGUCGAUGAUGGAUACGACGGUUCAAAAGAGACUCUCAUAACCAAAGGCCAAGUACAAGAUCCACUUCUUGGGAUAGAAAAGCAGCAAAACGAGCGUGGACAAACCAGCUCAGAAGCAACGGCUUCUGGUGGCGAUCCAGCCGAACAUGCUGUGGAUAGAUGUGCAGACGUAUUGAAGACGUUGUACAUGACAACAGACUCGUGGACCAAUCACUAGCCCAAGAGCCAUUCCUUCAUUUGACGGUGUCAGGGAUCACUGAGCAGUAUAUUGAGGAGUAUGUGAGAACAUUUCAUCCAGAGGAACCUGCUCAG